GAUGAUGAUGAUCGAAGUGGAAAUUCAGAUGCACCAAUUCUUCUGAAAGGUAAAAAACCUCGUAAAGCCAGAACAGCCUUCACCGAUCAUCAACUUAGCUCCUUAGAAAAGACUUUUGAACGUCAGAAGUAUUUAAGUGUACAAGAUAGAAUGGAAUUGGCGGCAAAAUUAAAUUUAACAGAUACACAAGUAAAAACAUGGUAUCAGAACAGAAGGUAG